AAAAUUAUUGUUUGUAAUUUGUAUAUAAUCGUGUAAACAUAAAGUAUGACGACGUGUCAAAAUGGCCGAUCUUAACAAAGAACUAAAUGAAUAUCUUCUUAGCAGCAAAAAUGAGAAACAAUUUAAAAUUACCGUACCUGCGGUGACAAUACCAAAAACAAAUAUUGGAAAAUGGUUUGGAAAAGGUGAAGAAGACAAAGAAGAAACAGGAUGGAUUCAAGGAGCACAAAAAGAAUGUUGUCCUAGUAUGACAAGAAUACAAAGGCUAAUAGCAUUUGUUGCGUGCUUUUCUAUGGGUGUACUUUGCUUCUGUCUAUCGGCGAUUUAUAUUCCGGUUUUGUUAUUAAAAGCGCGAAAGUUUGCACUUUUGUACACCUUAGGAAGUGUUUUCUUCUUAUCAAGCUUUUGCUUUCUUUUGGGUCCAUUGAGUUAUUUAAAAUCAUUAUUUACUGCUGAAAGAAGGUGCUUUAGUAUAUCCUAUUUUGCAACUUUAAUAGGAACACUUUAUUGUGCUCUUCAUUUACAAUCUACACCAUUAACAGUACUGUGUGCUGUUUUGCAAUUAAUAGCUAUGAUAUCGUUCUUAGUAAGUCAUAUACCAGGAGGAACAAAAGGUCUAAUGUUUUUUACAAGAAUGUUCAAAUCUUCUGUAAAUUCUACAUUGCCUGUGUGAUAUUAUAGUUUCUUAGGUAUUAAAUAUAUGUGAAAUAAAUAUUCUUUGUAUCUUUAA